GCCCAUUUCAUUUUCGACUGUCCGAUUCCUGAUUUUACUGUUUUGAUUCCUUUACAGCAGGGAAUCCGGAUCCUUAUUCUUCACCACUCCCUUUAACUUUUGCUUUCCUCUUCACCUUCCCUUCCAAUUUCACAGCACAUUCCGUACAUUUCCAACAGCAUCAUAGUUAGACUCACUCACUUCAUAACAUUCUUAAUUUCUCAAAAUCAACACAAAUUUCCACGAACAAAACACAAUAGAAUCUUAUAAGUAUCGUGUUUUUCUUAAAAAAUGCCUCCUCCUCAAACACCAAACAAAUUCUACUUCUUCUACGGCCACCGUAAACCCUCCCAAAACCGCCCAACCGUACGCGGUGGCCUUUUCUCCAAUCGCCAAACUCUCACUCCUUUCAAACCCAAACCCACCAAAACAACCAACCCUUUCCAAAUCCAAAACUGGGACCCACACUUCCUCUCUCAACCAAACCCCUCACCACCAUCCCCAUCCCCUGAAGCCGCAUUCUCCGCCUCCCUCCGUCUCUCCCCAAUCGCCCGGUUCAUCAUCGACGCCUUCCGUAAAAACGGUAACAAAUGGGGCCCACCAGUUGUAACAGAACUCAACAAACUCAGAAGAGUUACUCCUAACCUAGUUGCUGAGGUGCUUAAAGUCCAAACUAACCCUACCCUAGCUUUCAAGUUUUUUCAUUGGGUAGAGAAACAGAAAGGUUAUCAUCAUAAUUUUGCGUCUUUCAAUGCAUUUGCUUAUUGUCUUAACCGUGCGAAUCAUUUCAGGGCAGCUGAUCAGCUCCCUGAGCUGAUGGAUGCUCAUGGGAAGCCUCCUUCGGAGAAGCAAUUCGAGAUUUUAAUUCGAAUGCAUUGUGAUGCUGGUAGAGGUCUUAGGGUUUAUUAUGUUUAUGAUAAGAUGAGGAAUAAGUUUGGUGUGAAACCUAGGGUGUUUUUGUAUAAUAGGAUUAUGGAUGCUUUGGCUAAGACUGGUCAUUUGGAUUUGGCAUUGUCGGUUUAUAGUGAUUUUAAGGAGGAUGGAUUAGUUGAAGAGAGUGUUACUUUUAUGGUUUUGAUAAAGGGGUUGUGUAAAGCUGGGAAGAUUGAUGAGAUGUUAGAGGUUUUGGGUAGGAUGAGGGAGAAGUUGUGUAAGCCGGAUGUGUUUGCCUAUACCGCGUUGGUUCGGAUUAUGGUUCCAGAGGGGAAUUUGGAUGGUUGUUUGAGGGUUUGGGAGGAAAUGAAGAGAGAUAGAGUCGAGCCGGAUGUUAUGGCUUAUGGUACUAUCAUUGGUGGUUUGGCUAAAGUCGGGAGAGUUUUGGAGGGUUAUGAGUUGUUCAAGGAGAUGAAGAGUAAGGGUCAUUUGAUAGAUAGAGCGAUAUAUGGAACGUUGGUUGAGUCGUUUGUGGCGGCGAAUAAGGUUGGGUUGGCUUUUGAUUUGCUGAAGGAUUUGGUGAGCUCAGGAUACCGGGCGGAUUUGGGGAUUUAUAAUAACCUUAUUGAAGGUUUGUGUAAUUUGAAUAAGGUUGAGAAAGCUUACAAACUUUUUCAAGUCACUAUUCAGGAAGGUCUUGAGCCAGACUUCUUGUCUGUAAAACCAAUAUUGUCGGCUUAUGCCGAAGCGAAACGAAUGGAAGAAUUUUUUAAGUUGCUUGAGAAGAUGGGGAAAUUGGGGUUUUCAGUUAUUGAUGAUCUCUCCAAAUUCUUCUCCCAUCUGGUUGAGAAGAAAGGGCCAGUAAUGGCACUAGAGGUAUUUACACACUUGAAAGAAAAAAGUUAUGUUAGUGUUGAAAUCUACAAUAUUCUUAUGGAUUCCCUUCGAUUGAGUGGUGACGUGGAAAAAGCAUUAUCACUCGUUGAUGAAAUAAAGGGCUCAGACUUGAAGCCCGACUCAUCUACAUUUAACAUAGCAAUUCUUUGCCUUGUUGAUCGCGGUGAAAUUAAGGGAGCAUGUGAAUGUCAUAAUAAGAUCAUUGAGAUGUCUUGCAUUCCAUCUGUAGCUGCUUACUGUUGCCUUGCUAAAGGUCUUUGUGAAAUCGGAGAGAUUGAUGAAGCCAUGAUGCUUGUUAGAGACUGUUUGGGCAAUGUUACUAAUGGACCUAUGGAGUUUAAGUAUUGUCUUACCAUUAUUCACAUUUGCAAAGCAAAUGAUGCAGAAAAGGUCAUUGAUGUAUUGAAUGAGAUGAUGCAACAAGGUUGCCCUUUAGGCAGUGUCGUGUGCUCUGCAAUCAUCUCUGGCAUGUGCAAGUAUGGAACAAUUGAAGAGGCUAGAAAUGUUUUCUCAAAUUUGAGGGAACGCAAAUUGUUGACAGAAUCUGAUACCAUUGUAUACGACGAAUUUUUAAUUGAUCACAUGAAGAAAAAGACAGCAGACUUGGUAAUAUCAGGAUUGAAGUUCUUUGGUCUAGAAUCUAAACUCAAGUCAAAGGGUUGUAAGCUGUUGCCAGAUUGAAAACUGUUGUGUGGAGACGGAUUAUAUCCUUCUAACUGAACAUGUAUGAUGAUGCUUCCUCAAAAGCAUUUGGCAUUUGAGAGAGGUCAAUCAUUGCUUUUAUUUGUUUCUCGAGCAUCUCCAGCUGGUAUCUGAUAUUCUCAAUUUUGUGGCUGUGAACACGUGACACAUGUUGCUGGACACUGUUGCAUACUGUGUACCAUUGGAUUGUAGCACUAUGGAGGUCAUCAUCGGUUAUGGGUUGCACAGAUUGUAUAUCAUGUGACAGACAAUGUCACUUUCGGAAGGUCACUCGACAUCAAAUCAUAGCAUUAGCCGAUACUUGCUUCGUGGGGGGGUGUGCAUAAAUUGUGGCUACCCUUACACCACAUUAGUGUGUUGGAGCAUACCACACUAGAAAGGCCCCAUUGUAUUCCCUUGGUAUGAAAAACAGAUCAGCCUCCAAACCCGUAUUUUGAAACCAGCUUAUAUCACUGCAGCCUUGCUUCCAUUUAUAAGUUUCUUAUUUUCUGAAUCUCUACCAAUUCGAGACUCACUAUUUCUUCUUUCUCAUCACUUCUUUUGAUGCUCUCCCGAUUCUUUUAUGAUGGGUCUUUUGUACGGUAUUUUACCUUUUGUUCGGUAUGUUAUUCCUAUGCCACUGUUUAUCAUUGAUUUGAUUUAACCCCCUAUUAGCGUGUUAAAUGAGUUAUCAUUCUUUAGAAUUUUGAUGAUGUGUUGACCUGAAAAAGAAUUAGCCAAGGGUGACUGGGGUGAUGAGGAACUAAGGGUUUUGCUGGUGUUGUUGAGGCAGGGGCGUUUUGAUGGGGCCUUGGGUGUUGCAGCAGGUGACUGAGCUAAAGUGGUGGUAAAAAAGAUAAGAGAUAAUGGUACUAGGAUUGAGAAGAAGAUAGUUUGCUUCGCCUUCUUAUUGGUAAUUAAAAGUUCUGGACUAGAUUUUCUUGCUGCUAUUGGAAUGAUGCAAAUGAUAGCCUGAUAGGCUAGUUGUUAUUACUACGAGUGAUUUAUAGAAUGCUAAACGAGUGACAUUUAGGUACUAGGUUUGAUUUAUGAUUGUUGCCAAUAGUAUGAGGUUAUUUCUUAUCUGUCUUCUUGGAGAUUCGGAUGGUACAGCAAGAUAAGGUACUGAAAAUGGGAUUUCACUGCUGUAGUUUAGUGUAGCCACUAACUUCUUUAAUUUGAUUUUUUGCACUAUGGAUACUCUCCCCUCUCUAAUCACUCCGCUCUAUUUAUAAUCUGAGAAAAUGAUUGAUUUUGUAGUAGAGUUGUCACUGAAUCACUUGAAGCAACUAGGAAUUUAUUUUUUUUGUGACAUGUUCAUGUUACAUAUUUUUUUGUUAUUGUAUUUUACCCCUAAAUUAAAGAUUUCCUUUGAGCUGUAAGAAUGUGGAAAUUGUGAAGACUUUUUGAAGUUGUAACUUGUAAGGCUUGGAUUCUGGAAGAUAUCACAACAUUAUGGUUAUGCGUAUGAUCAUAUGAAUUCUGGUUUGGAUGGUUUUGCUGCAGCUAUUCAAUAGUCUAUGUUAUGGGGUCAUGAAUGUUGUGCCUGCCUACUAUAGCUGAGAUAAACACAACAGGUGAGAACCGAUUGCCAUUUAUUAUGACUAGUUCAUGGUUCUCAAAAAAAAAAACUGAAACAAACUGUGAACUGCACCUGAACCAAACUGAAAAUAACCAAAAUAUUGGCAAAAUUUAUCCAACAGAAUUGAUGUGUUAGACAUGGUUCAGUAACUGCACACUUAGCAGUUCAGUUCGAUAGCCCAAUGCCCGAUGGUCUGCAAAGAUUGAGUAACGACAAAGAAGUGGAAUGGUCAGUUUAAGUUCAGUUGCAACCACCAAUAAUAAAAAUGCAAGGCUGACGGUUCUGUGUGGCGUGGGCAUGGUUGUUGUCGGUGGCCAAGGUGCAAUGCCUAGGUCACUUCUUAUAAACUCCAGUUCACUGAACCUCAAAACCAGAUUAGUUUGGUUCUCAUAAAUGUAAACAGUUAGGCUCAGUUCAUCAAAACUGUUUUCUUGAAUUCAAUUUGGUUUUCUGAAU